AACAUUAAUAACGGCAUUAAAUUAAGGUGAGAAAAAUCAAUUUUGUUGUUGAUUGCUACCAUGUGCUUAAGUCGCUGAUAUAUGCUGUUUAUUACACGCUAAUACUCUCUUCGGUUUUAAAUACGUAAACCUCAUAUAUUUAAAAACGAAGGGAUAUCAUAGGAGCAUUAAAAGAAGAUUCUGCAAAAACAAAGGUGCAUAUCUAGAAGCCACUCUACAGACCCAUUUGUAACAUGUUGGCAACACCAACACUUAUUAUCCUUUGUCCUUACCCAUUGGCUUUUGGCCAUUGACUCGGGGUCAACCUACUGACGAGGCUAGUGGAAGCAAAUUCAGUGUGUGGACAAAACCGGGGAGGCCCAUGUGUCCUUCCUUGGUCCCUCUCACAAAGGCAAAAGAUGAAAGCGGCGGACCCUGCAUGCUUAGUGCUUGACUGACUUUGUGAGCUCUAGAACUACUCUUCUUGUUGCAAAGAAAAUCUGUCAAUACAAGUAACCUUUUGUUUCCAAUGCAACUGCAAGUAGCCUUUUUUUCAAAUUUCAAGUGGCCGGGAUGCAAAGUUCGAGUGGAAAGAUUGUGCACGCCGCCUUCCAUGUUGCUGCAAAACCUGUCUAUACAUGUCAAACAACCACAGAUUGCCAGUGCCAUUGCUUGCUCAGCAGUGCAGAGCAGAGUGCUAGCGAAGAAGGCAAUUGAUCUUGUCCUUCGUCCUUGCUUGCUUAUUGACAGAUGGGCGAUUCCCAUGCCGUCGACAUCGACUCCCUGGCCCGGCAGCUGAGGGAGGAGCUGGCCGCCGCCGACGCGCCGGCGCCGCGGUUCGCCAGCGGCUGCCCCAUCGUCAUCGCCGAGGUCGGCGAGCCCACCCGCAACGUCGACAACCACGGCGACUACGACCCGCACCACGUCUCCAUCGGCCCCUACCACCGCAUCAGGAACCCGCACCUCGCCAGGGACGAUGAGAAGAUCCGGUGCCUCGGCGCCGUCAUGUCGGCCUCGACCGCCGCCGCGACGCUGGAGGAGUACCUCGGCGAGGUCGCGCGCCUCGAGGGCAGGGCCGCGAGCUGCUACGCCCACGCGUUCGAGCAGCACAUGGACAGCGCGGCGUUCGUGCGCAUGCUGCUGCUCGACGCCUGCUACGUGCUCAUCCGGUUCGGCCGCGUCGUCGAGGCCGCCGCGCGCCGCGGGAACGGCGGCGGCGGCGGCGCUCCCGGGGCCGGUGGCCACGAGCAGGGAGGGCUGCGCCGCGGCGCAGACGCGCCGUCGGUGCGCGCCGACAUGAUGGAGGCCGUCGCGGUGGUGCGCGACGUGCUGUAUCUCGCGGAGAAUCAGAUACCGUUCUUCGUCGUCGACGCGAUCCACCGGCUCGCCGUCCCGGACGCCGGCGUCUCCGCGGCGGACGCCAUCGUGGAGUACGUCCGCGAGCUCCUGCGGGGGCAGCAGUACUCGGUGGCCACGCCGGCGGCGGCGGAGCCAGGCAACCUCCUGCACCUGCUGCACGUGCACUUCGCGCCCACCGCGCUGUCGCCACCCACCAACGUCGGCAAGGUCACCGGCGGCAAGCGUCCGGUUGGGCGGUGGCGCACGGCGACGGAGUACCACUGCGCCGGCGUGGGGUUCAGGGCCCGGCCCCUCGGCGGCAAGGGCGGCGCCCGCUCGAUCCUGGACGUGGAGCUGGACGGCCGCGGCGGCGCGCUGGAGAUCCCUCGCCUGAACGUCGACGCCGAGACGUGGCGGCUGCUGCGCAACCUGAUGGCGCUGGAGCAGAGCAACCCGGCGGCGGCGGGGAGCCGCGUGACGGCGUACUGCGUCCUCGUGUCGCAGCUGGCGUGCACGGCGCGGGACGUGGAGCUCCUGUCCAGGCGCGGCGUGAUCUCGCACGGCCUCGGCGGCCACGGCGAGGUCGCCGAGCGCCUCGCCGGGCUCUGCAGGGGCGUCGCGUUCGGGGCCGACGACCCCGCCGGCAACUACCUGCACGCGACGUGGCAGGCGCUGGAGGGGCGGUUCCGGAGCCGGCCGCGGCGGUGGGCGGCGUGGCUGAUGCUCAGGUAUUUCAGCAACCCGUGGCUCGCCGUCGGGCUCGCGGCGGCGGCGCUGGGGCUGGUUUGCACGGUGGUGCAGGCGGUGUACUCUGCCUUGAGCUACACACCGGGGGGCACGUAGGAAUUCGGAGCCACAUGACAAAUUGAUAAGUCAAUAGUGGUGUGCCUAAGGACCGUAGGACACCUUGCAUGUCCUUUUCUUCUCUCUCUUUGUUCAGCAAAAGGAAUGGGCUCUCUGUUACUGGUAAA